GUACCUAAUUGGUCCCCCUUAAUUCCCCCACCCUCCACAACGCCACUUAUUAGUUAUUUAUUUAUCUGCCCAUUAAGAAUCCACUCCACAUAUUUCAACUUCAAUCAAUUUCCCAUAGCCAACUUCCCAAACAACAAAUGAAGAUCUUCAGUUGGGUUCACCGUAAACUUAAUCAGAAAGAUGGAUUGUUUUGUGGGAAUGUGAAAACAGAUGAAGUGAUAGUUAUCAAUGAUCACAAGCAACUUCUUAUUCAAGAUGAGUUCUCUAUGUUGGGCGGCUGGAAAGAAGGAAUCCUUACAAUUGGCACAUUUGGAUUCGAUCCAAUUAAAGAUGAGUUAAGUAGUUGCCUAAAUGACGAAAAUGAAGUACCUGAGAUAAUUGCAGUUAGUGAUCAUGAAGAACCUAACGCGUUGAUGUCUGCAAAUAAUGAACCUGAGGUGUCACCAAUUAUGGCAAAUGUAAUUACGAGCAACAAUCCUCUUGUUACUGCGGGUGAUGAGUCAAACAUGGAUAUUAAGAAGGAAAGGAUCACACUAGCAGACUUAUUCUCAGCUGAUCUUUCUGAUGAUGACGACGACGACAAGGAGAAAGUUCAGCUUCCGGAUUUGUAUGAUGACGUUACUAAUAUUAAUAAGAAAUCGUUGAAAUUACCUAAAGUGAAAAAUGGGGUUACUUUUGCCAAGAAGAUUAUCCCUCGAGUUAAAGAGGAUUCUCGUCGCAUACAAAAAUUGAUGACAAGGGCAUUAAAAAGGAAGAUUCAUCCAGAUAUGGAAGGAAAGAAUCAAAAGAACAGUCAGGCGAUAGCAGCCAGUACUGUGCUCGAGCUUUUCCAUAUCACCUCCAAAUCUAUUUCACUUCGCGAAAUUCUAGAAAUUCCUGCCUAAGCUGUUCUGUUGCAGUGUCCUGGAUUCUAAUUACUUGGAAAUGAAGCAAUGUUUAUCCUUAUAAUGUCUGUGCAAGUUGUAGAAAUUGUUAAAUUUGUCAUGUGGUAACCAUAUACUCGUUUGAUGAAAGUAAUGUAUUUCCAACACAGCUAGACCCUGUGAAUUCUACAUGUAAACUGGCUUUUGGUCUUCGUUGUAACGAGACUCUAUUUCAAUUUAUGCAAUCUAUUAAUUUACUUAUUUGA